AACUGUUAUAUUACUGGUUGCCUGAAACAUUAAUAUGUUAAUUUGAAUUUGACAUUUUAAUGAGAAAAUUCCACAAGAAAAAUCUAACCAAACAAUAACAACGUGUUUGUUUACCUUUUUUUCUGCUUCGUUUAUGCUAUAAAAGAAUGUUAAAGAAUUACAUUAACACUCUUCCAUAUACAAAAUUUAUACUUGUUAAAGUUUUCUUCCAGAUUCAGUAGACUACAGGGACACUAAAUUAUUAGAAUAUUUAGUUAGACAACAUCUGCAAAGAAGGCAAAAUAAAUUACACUAUUUUGUUUAUGAAGGUGUAUUUAGAACGACACAACGAAAAUAUUCGGGGGAAUCAAAUGUUAUUUUAUACGAUUGUGUUACAAACCCACAGAGAUGGAUAGAGGGUGGUCAAGAUGAAAAUCAAAUCCAUCCUAUAGUAAAUAUGUGUUUGAAGCUUGGACAAAAUGAUGUUGUUGUAGUUGACGCUCUAUCAAAUCUUAUUUUUCAAUCAGGAUUAUCUGAAGCAUACAAAAUUUUUAAUACAUUAAAAAAUAAUAAAGCUAUUCAACAAAUAAUAGUCGUUUUACAUAAGGACCUAGUUGAAGGUGACUCAAAUAAAACAUGUAUGUUUUUUGAAAAUCUCAGCACAUUAUGCAUCAGCGUGGAACCCAAAUUUAUGUCUCAUAAUAAACGUCUGCAAUAUAUAUACAAGAAAAGUGGUGGAAAAGUAAUUCAGGAUAUAGAGGAAUAUAAAUUUGAGGGUGAUAGCCUUAUAACUAGCAAAAUAUCUAAACCUGACACAAGUAGGCUUUUGGAAGAUGCUGUGCCAAAAGAAAUCAAUCCAGAAAACUUAUCCACUUUCAAAAUAGGAUUGACCGAUGAAGAAAAAUUGUCAAGAGAAAGAGUAGUAUUACCUUACCUCCCUAAUGCAAAUAUGAAUGAACCUGAAGAUGGCAAAAUAUUUUAUAAUCUAGAUAAAUUGGACGAUUGGGAUGAAGAAGAUCCAGAUGAUGAUUUAGAUGUUUAGCAUGUACAGCACAAGAAUAUUAUUCAGUUAAUAUAUAAUGUACAAGCUGACAGAUCCCUAAUACCUCACUAUUAACUGAAAAUUGAAAGUCUUCUUUUUAUUAUUACUAUAGAUUUUAUUGAUAUUAUAAGGCAAAUAUAUUUUUUA